CGCCGCGCAAGCGCUCUCCAUACCAGAGAAACGAGAAGGUCGCAGUUAGCCGCAACUUAGGACACAAAUCAACACCUCACCAUGCUGGGACAAGCCGUAAGGCGAUUCACGACGUCUGCUGUGCGUUCUUCGCAUUAUUCCGAAGGACCUGGACAGAACCUUCCCUUUUCUGUGGAAAACAAGUGGCGUCUGCUGGGUAUGAUGGUGAUGUUCUUUGGCAGCGGCUUUGCAUUCCCCUUUAUUGUCGUCAGACACCAGAUCCUGAAGAAGUAAAAUGUCUUCAGAGGUUUGGUCAUCAGACUUCUACAUGUGCAGAACAUUGGGACUAACUUAACAGUCUAUGUAAAUAAAAUUCCCUAAGAUAUGA